AUGAGCGCGCCAAACGAGAAUCAGGCAUCGGUAACGUUGCUGAAAACGUGUCAAACAUGUUUCAAUCUCAAGAUCAAGUGUGACAAGACUCAAGAUUCCGAUCUUUGUGAUCGGUGCCUUCGGCUUGGCAAGACAUGCGUAUUUAACCCAGCCCGGCGUCGGCCGCGUAAUACUAGUCGUCACAGAUUGGAGUUGAGGUCUAAAUCCAAGAGAGGCUCUAAAUCACCAUCAAAUUCGGGCGCUUCAACUUCAACUACAACGCCAGGCGACAUCUUCAACAAAGAUGCUUCACUCGACCCUUUUCAACGAGGAAUUCUAUCUUUGGAAGUUGGGGACAAACUUCUCGACUACUUUCGAUCGAGGAUGACACCAUACUUUCCGUUUGUUGUGUUCCCAACGGAUAUCUCCGUUACCAUAACCAACUCGUAUCGGCCGUGUGCCUGUCUGGCUGCGCUUGCAGCGGCCUCGCAUGCAGAUACAAACCGUCAAAAAGCGCUUGGUGAUCUUUUUAACCAAGUUGUGGCUGCCAAGAUGGUUAGUGGAAAGUUCAAUGACCUUGACCUACUGCAGGGUCUUCUUAUACAUCUUGCUUGGGCACACUACCAACCUCGACCAAAGAGAUAUACACAGCACUUGCACCUCGCCACAAGUAUUAUUAGCGAUAUGCGCCUUGAUAAACCCAGAAGACCGGAGCUAUGGGAUGUGGACGGCGGUAAGGAUAAGGACGAACCAGACUGGGGCCCACCCGAGAUGCGCGCUCUUGCAGGUGCAUAUUACCUAUCAUCUACCUCCUCUAUUGUGCUUCAGAAAUCACGUCACAUGUCGCACUCGCCUUAUAUCUCAAAAUGCUGCGAGCAUCUCGGUCUACUAAACAUGCACCGCACUGACAAGUAUCUUGUCUACAUUAUCCGCGUGCAGACUCUUAUUGAAAGGGUCGACGACAUAGUCAGCAAGCUCUCUGCUGCUCAGGACCUUUCGCCUUUCUGGGAUGAAACUCAACGGAUUGCUCAGGAGUGCGCCGAGAUCAAGGCGACAUUGCCCUUCCCCCUUAGCGACAGUCCGCCGUUACUCUUGCAACUUCAUAUGCUAGAGCUUCUCCUCAGCCAGUCAUCACCCCGGGGCACUCCGUUUGGGCUUGACAAGUUUCAACCGAACCCAAACCCAGCAGAAGGUCAAGCUGCCAUCAUAGGCUGGCUUUCUGCCAGCAUGUCGGCAGCUCGCUUCUUGAUUAGUGUGAUACUUGUUCUGCCACACGGAGAGGAAAUGGCAAUGUCAAACAUGGGCUGGAUUAUGAUGUAUUGCGGCCUAUCACUGGCGGUCCGCCUUGAUCUUAUUGCUAUCAGAAAGGCCAUCUCUGGGUCAACUGGACACCUUCGUCGGUUCCUGGAUAUGCCUCAUACACUUCGGCAGAUUGUGCUCCGCCUAGAGGCAGCACGACAUGGGGACAAGGGUACGGCUGCUAAUCUGCACCCGUUCGAAGGUUUGGCCAGACGAGUUCGUCGGCUGGAACAGUGGUACCACGCUCAGGCUGGUGAUGACCUGGCAAUCACCGCCACACCCAGCCCGCAGGUUGUGGGCCAACCCAAUGCAGUGACAGUGGACACUGACAACAUGCCCGUCGCGAACUUGCCAGCUUAUCCGAAUGUCAGUACCUGGGGAGGGGCUGGUUGGUACCAGGGGGCGGAGUUUGACAUCAGCACUUUUCUCUUUACGGACCCUGUUGACAUACCUGGUAAUUUCGGUCUUGGAGAUAGAUUUCCUUGA